GGGCGAGGCGGCCGGCUCCCCUGCCGGGCCCCUCGGCUCGGUGUCCGGGGACACGCCCUCGCCGGCCUGUGCACAGACAACUCCCCGCGCUCCACAGCCCCGGCCCGAUCCACGCACACCAGAACCCGCGUCACCCCCACCCCACCCAAUCGCUCGACGUGCCGCCGCUCCACGGGGCACACGGGACGGCCGAUCCCCGCCUUCGCCGGGCGUCGCCGCUCCGCUGCCGCCGGUUGGUGCCCGCCGAUCGCAGUCUUGGGGCCACGUAGCGGGGCAGGCGGGAGCUGACGGACGAGCCCCUCCCUCCGGGCCCCGCCUCGUCAGACUGCGAUCCACUUUGACCAUUGGACCAUCCAGCCCAGCUACGCCUCUCUGCAGUCUCUGCUGACCGGACUGAGCCGGCAACUUCGGCGUCGCGAGCAUGGGGGGAGAGACCCUCGUUCAAAGGGGCCCACAAAGGAGCCCCUUGGGGAUACAACAGACCUUCGUUGUUGUUGCUACAAUUAAAUACUGUCACGAGUUAGGAAAUUUGGAUAUAUAAUUUUUCGAAGUACAUGGUAUAGUGCCUUAUCUGGCAAACGGCUGGUGACCUCCAGCGGUGGGAGCGAUGGCUACGGGAGUCCGGCGGCGCCCGCUUUCGGGUGCUACAGAGCUCAUAGCCGCGCCACUCCGGGCAACGGGUGCUGUGCAGAAACGGACACUGCCAAAGACACUGCUCUCUGGCGGCGGCAGCAGUAGCCUCCCCGCCGGCUUCCAUCGCGUCUCCAGGCGGGCAUCAUUGCGGGGAAAAUCAGGAGGCGGGAGCGGGGAAGAGGAAAGGCAUUGCCUGGCCUGGCCUGAUCGGUUGUCCCGGGGCUGCGAGGUCUGGAAGGACUCUGGCCGGUGCCGCGCAAGACCUCCGCUCUGAGGCAACUCAGGUUCAGCAAAGGUUCAUUUGUUCCUUGCCAGCCGGAAAGAAGAAGCUGCCCGGAUGCAAAGGAGGAGAGACGCAGCCGCGCGCCCGGCCUCUACGAAAGCUUCUCCUGCAAUGAUCUGCACGUGACAUGAGCGAGCCUGGACGGGGCCGCCGCGAGCAAGGCGCUGUUGCUGCUGAGAGACAGAAGGCAACGAAGUCCGGCCGGCGGGGGACCCCAGCCCGGCAAGUGGCGAGCCACCCCGGCCAGGAGACCCAGGGGAUCGGGCCGCCAAGUCGCUCUCAGUCGCAGCCUCCCCACCUUGCGUCCUGUGAGAUGAAAUGGGGCAACGCCACGUGCGCUCCGGAAGGAAAGGCUGGAGAGAACCCCCAUAAAGUAACAAUCGGGGCGGGCAGGCAGGGCCUUGCUUGCGCCUGCCCCGGUCCCCACCCCAAGAAUGUGGAGGGAGAGAGGCCAGCGCCCUCUGCUGGUGGCUUGUCAGCCUUUCUGCUCCUUCCUGGAGAAGUAUUGCCCCAUCAUGAGUGAGACGUUCUACCCUACCUUAUGGUGCUUUGAGGGACGCCUCCAGACCAUCGUCCGUGUCUUCCUCAAGUCCAGCCCACCUGUCUCCUACCACAGUGAGGUGCUGAGGACCACUGAUGGAGGGCAGCUGCUGCUGGAUUGGGCCAACCCUGAUGGGGAGAACAUGCAACACCCUGACCCACAGAGUUGCCCCAUUGUCCUAUUCCUGCCAGGCCUGACAGGCAACAGCCAGGAAACCUACAUCCUGCACAUGGUGUGCAGCACGCAGCACCAGGGCUACAGGGCUGUUGUGUUCAAUAACCGAGGCUGCAAAGGAGAAGACCUGCUGACUCACAGGGCUUUCUGUGCCACCAACACUGAAGACCUGGAGUUGGUGGUAGGCCACAUCAAGAGGCGGUUCCCUCGGGCACCACUGAUGGCAGUUGGCGUUUCACUGGGCGGGAUCCUGGUGCUGAACUACCUGGGGCAGAAGGGGCCAGAGGCUGGGCUCGUGGCUGCCAUGACGUGCUCUGUGACCUGGGACUCCUUUGAGACCAUUUACUCGCUUGAGAGACCCCUCAAUCUGGUGCUCUUCAAUCAGCGCCUCACAGCAAACCUACGCCAGCUCAUCCAACGGCACAGGAAGGUCAUUGCUGAGAGACUAGAUGUGGACCAUGUGCUGAAGGCUCGCAGCAUCCGGGAGUUUGAUGAGCGCUACACGGCUGUGGCAUUUGGCUACAACUCCUGCGACGAGUAUUAUCAGGCAGCCAGCCCCUGCUGGAAAGUGCACAACAUCCGCGUGCCAGUGCUGUGUCUCAACGCCUCCGAUGACCCUUUUUCCCCUCAGCACGCUAUCCCCAUGGAGGCGGCACAGGGUACCCCCACACUGGCCCUGCUGGUGACGGCACGAGGGGGCCACAUUGGCUUCCUGGAGGGGCUCCUACCACGCCAUCAGAGCUACAUGGACCGCGUCUUUGCAGAGUUUGUGGGUGCUGUCUUUAAGCACCCAGAGGAGCUGGCUGCGAUGGUGGCAGCCAAGGGAGACCAGCAGCAGUGCCAAGAGGCUGUGCAGGAAGCGGGUGUCCAGAUGGCAAACCCCUAGCCAGGAGGUAGAGGGGAGGGCGGCUCCAGGCUGCAGCUGCGCAUUGUCUCCAGGCCAGGCCCUGUGAGGCCCUCAUGGGUGGAGGGCCUGAGCCGACCCUUCCAAAGGGAGGGGGCCUGCUGAGGCCAGAAGGGCCAGCAUCACCUCCUGCCUUGUGAGCUCUGUCCUUCAGGAGGGCUCCCAACCAGCAGUGGACACACAGCCGGAGUCAGUUGGGAGCCUGCAGUGCAACUGCAGAUCAGAAUACAAGGCUGUUUUUCCUGAA